UCAGCCGCGCAACAGUUUUGUUUGAAGCGUCAACACGUGCGGUAGUCACUCGUCUUUGGUCCUGCUACCCGAAUUUUGUCAAAACUUUUGUGAAAGGACUCGCUGACUUUCGCGUAGCGCGGAAAAAAUACACUUAUUGCAAAGUGCAGUCAGCAAUCGAAGCGAAACGAAUCGAAUCGAAUUGAAUAAGGUCUCAAGUGCUGCCUGAGUCAGAAAACACAAACAAAAAUAGAGAAAAAUCCAAACUACCAAUUCAAGCGAUUUAUUAAUGAUUUUUGUUGUUUUUGUUGCGUGCCGGCAUUAAAACAAAAUAGAAAGUAAAUACAGAAUAAGCCGAAGGAAAAGGGCAAGUCGUUUGGCUGAAUUAAUCAAAUUAAAAGUACUUGGCCGUGCAAUUACGCAGAAUGCCGUUUGCCUUUUAAGUUGCAUAUUGUUCGGCGAUCGAAGGAGCAGUGGGCGCCGUGCACUGCAGACUGAAGCAGAGCGGAUUGCACUGCACUGGACUGGAGUGGAGUAGAGCAGCGGAAAAGCGCGGAAAAGCGGAAAAACGAACGUUAAGCAGGCGAGAGGAGGCAAGGCGAAGCAAGUUGCGGUGCGGCGAGGUGAGGUGAGGUGGAGAAGAAGUGCCACUGACAGUGGCAGUAAGUUACGGGCCAAGUUUCGCCGGAGUCGCCUUGUCGCUGGCGCAACUGGCAUAACUCAGUGCUGAUGAAAUAUGGAGCUGCUGCAGGCCCUCUGCUGUACGCUGCUCCUGCUUUUGGCCCGGAUGCAAGUUCUGCUCGCCGUCAGCUGGGAGGAUUGGUGGACAUACGAUGGCAUCUCAGGACCUGCCUUUUGGGGCCUCAUCAAUCCGGAGUGGUCGCUGUGCAACAAGGGUCGUCGCCAGUCGCCGGUCAAUCUGGAGCCGCAACGCCUGCUAUUUGAUCCCAACUUGAGGCCCAUGCACAUAGACAAGCACAGGAUAUCCGGUCUGAUCACUAAUACGGGUCACAGCGUCAUCUUCACGGCCGGCAAUGAUACGGUGGCCAACUACGACGGCAUGCAGACGCCGGUGAACAUCUCGGGCGGACCGCUGUCGUACCGCUACCGCUUCCAUGAGAUCCACAUGCACUACGGCCUGAACGACCAAUUUGGAUCGGAGCACAGCGUCGAGGGCUACACGUUCCCGGCGGAGAUACAAAUAUUCGGCUACAAUUCCCAGCUGUAUGCAAAUUUCUCAGAUGCCCUCAAUCGCGCCCAGGGCAUCGUGGGCGUCUCCAUUCUGCUGCAGCUUGGAGAUCUCUCGAAUGCGGAGCUGCGCAUGCUCACCGAUCAGCUGGAGCGCAUUCGCUAUGGCGGCGAUGAGGCCUUCGUGAAGCGUCUCUCCAUCCGCGGAUUGCUACCGGACACGGAUCACUACAUGACCUACGAUGGAUCCACAACGGCACCUGCCUGCCACGAAACAGUCACCUGGGUGGUGCUGAACAAGCCCAUCUACAUCACAAAGCAACAGUUGCACGCCCUGCGCCGCCUGAUGCAGGGCAGCCCCGACCACCCGAAAGCGCCCCUGGGCAACAAUUAUCGGCCGCCCCAGCCGCUCCUGCACCGGCCCAUCCGCACCAAUAUUGAUUUCAAGACGACAAAGUCGAACGGCAAGGCCGCCUGCCCCACCAUGUACCGCGAGGUCUACUACAAAGCGACCAGUUGGAAACAGAACUAGAAGUCAGUGACGUGAUGGCGUAACGUAACGCAUCGUAAGCGUAAGCGUAUGACGUAAGUAGCGAGCGGCGUGCAACAGGAGCUUCCACUAAACAUACAUAUAGACAAGGCGAUGCCGAGGCAAAACUACACGGAACAGAAGGAUUCAGAUGGAAGAGGGCGGAGGGCAAAGAAGUGGGGUUAAGGAUCACAAAGGAAUCAGUGCAGCAGCAGCGGCCAAAAGAGUUGGCGAUUGGAAUUACACACAUCUAUAUAUAUAAAUAGGCAAAGGAAUAAUAUGGAUAGCGAUUACGAAUUACGAUAAUUAGCAUUAAAUGUGCAUUUUUUUGUCUCCCCCAAAAACGUAAAUCAAUCAGACCUUGAUUGCAGUCAGAGGUAACUUUUUUUUGUGUGUGCAUAGCGUAAGUACAAUAACGAUAAAGGAAGAAAAAAAAAACAAAACAGCGAUGACUAGUAAUCAUAAUUACCGACAUAACCAUUAACGUAAUCCAUAAAACCAAAUACUAUUGUAUAUUUUAAGUUAGGCCCGACAACGUGAAAAGAUCAAAAUAAUAUAUAUAUGUACACAGCAUACAGCAUUCAGAAUACAGAAUGCGAUUAUCGAUAGUUGGCAAAGUGUUAUGGCAGGCAUUAUGCAAAACCCACCCAAAGAAUAAACCUUAAAUCCAAACCCAAACCAUUGGAUGUAUGAAAACAGUCUGUUUAUGCCCCGUAAAUGUGUAUACAGCGAUCUUUGUGUGUGUGCGUGCUUGUGUGUGUGUGUGUGUUUGUGGACAUUAGGUAAUAACAUUAACAAUAAUCAAGUGUUAAUCUUCAUGAGAGCGACAGAGUAUAUCAAUUUGAAAAAAAUGCCACAAUACUAUUAAUUUUCAUUGCAAGCGUUGCAUAGUCAGAUAUUUACAUACAUUGCGGUUGAUAUUAAAAAUUGUAAUCCUAUACUUUAAUUAUGUAACAUAUUUUUGGUUAUUGAAAAAUAUAAUUAUUUACCUUUUGCUUUUUUCGUUUUACAUUUAUUUGAUGCUUCAGCUGAUUAUUGCAGUGUCUAAAAUAAAAUUUGUUUUUAAAUUUGAUCAGCAAAACGUGACGAACUACUAAUUUAUUGGCCAAAUUGAUGGGCUUAAAAAGGUUCACGGCGACAAUGCAGAGAUCCAUUGAGCAGUUAAAAUACUGGCACAUUUAAUUGCAAUUUAAAAAUUAUGAUUUUGGUGCACUUUUAAUACGUAAUCCCGAAGUGGAGGCUCCAUCAACGUUGCAGUGUCGCCACAAACGCGUGCAUUUUGCAUUUUAAAUGCACUUGACCGCAGAGCAUUCACUGUUCCGCCAGUUUUCCAGUUCCCCAGUUCCCCCCACCGGCUUGUGUAACCGGGGACCUUAUCGAACCAACUCACCCGGCAUCCUGCAUCAUCCUGGAGCACCCAGAUGCCAUUCAGCACCACCCUGCACCACCCUGCACCACCCUGCACCACCCUGCACCACCCAACACCAUCCGAAAACCACCCGGGAAUGUCGGGCUGUCGCUUAUCGAACGGCAAAUGCAACAUGAAACCACAAAAUCUGUUGCGGUUAUUUAAAAUCACGUUUAAAUGCGAAAGUGCUGGCUGUCUCUCGCUUCGGUUGGGUUUUUCGGCCAGUAUUAAAAUCAACUUUUUAAUGGCCGAAAGGAAAAUGAUUACGUAUACGCCGCGUGGCCGGGGACAUGGCCGAAAACUGGCCAAAGCUGUACAACUUUUGUGUGUGUGUGUUUUUUUUUCUUGUUUUUUGUUGCUCUCGUUUUUCUGACUAGCUCUAAAUACCCCUUUUUUUUGCCAAAAUCACAUAAUAAUUUGUAUAAACAUUUGCAUUAUUUGCACAAGUUGACAUUUUGCAGUUUUGUUUUUGUUCGUCGGCAUUCGACUGAAACUUUUUGAGCUCUUUGUUUCAUUUAGUUGGUUUUCAGUUUAUGCAUUGUUAUGUUUGUUGUUUUUAUCUUUUUUAUUCUACUAGUUCAGUUUUUUGUUUUGCUUGUGCAUCGAGGGAUUUGCCAAUGGGAAAUUAUGACUUAAAUUAAUACAUGGAAAGUGUAAUUUAUUCGAGUGAAUCAACUGGCAGCUGCUGCCCCAAACUGAUACCCUGCAUUGUUUGGGCACAUAGCGCGUUGGAUUAAAGUUCUUGAAUUGUUAACCCAAUUUACAAAAAUUUUACCUUGUUCAAAAGACCAAAAAUAUUUUUGUAUAAAAUGUUAGCCAUUUAGUUUUCAAAGUGGCAGCCAAAAGGAACAAGCUACCUGCGAUUAUUUGCACACCCCUGAAUUUACACGGUAUUUGCAAAUAGCAUUAGUUAGCCGGAGGCGUGACCUAAUUAGCCUGGCCAGGGCAUUACGCAGUCCAUCAGUUUAUUUGCAGCAAACUCAAUUCCAACUUUGGCUGACUUUCAAUCAAUCAAAUGGUUUGGUCGAGGCGGGGCAACUCCGGCCAAACUGAUUUGCGGUGAGUUCCGCACGAUGCAGCAUGACUGCAGCACAAGUGGGCGUAGAGGCGGGGGCGUGGCUGACCACUGGAGCUGGACAGAUGGGGCUAACCCGACACAUUUAUACAUUGGCAGGAAGCGAGUGAGUGGAUGCAAAGUGCAGGUGUAGCAGUAUUAACUUAAAUUUGCAUUGCAUGCUCUUAAGCCUCUUAUAUGAAAUAAAUACUUUUGUUUGUAUAUUUUUUGAAACUAGCUAAUAUUUAAACAAACGUGUAUUAUUUACAGGGUAUGCUCUCUGCUUCAAGCUAUGAUCUAUCCAUUUCAGUGGACACUACCAUUUCAUCGCCACCCCACAAAUUGUGGCGGUAUGAUUUAUAUACGGGGUAGAAGUACUACUACUUUUUACAACAUUUCAUUUUCAUGCAUAUGUGCAUAUGCUGUAUGCGAUUGCAGUUGGCCGUUGGCCACUUCGACUAUUGGCCAUUUCGGUGAUUAUUUUUAAUACAUUGAAAUUGUGGGUGGCAUGGUUUGCGUUUCAUGCUCAGAUAAAAGACAACAUCGAUCAUGACCAGUCGGAGGGAGAGCAAAACCAUUCGGAACAGACCUGCGAAUAUUGCAAUUUGACAAAGUGACAAAUUCGCUGCCAUUCAUUUCACUGUGUGUGUGAGCAAACCAGGGUGCAGACUUGGUAGUGCCCUGUAAAAAUAACAAAUAAUUUUAUAUUUGUGGAAAACUUGCUAUUUUGUUAAUUUACCAACAAUUGCUCAUAUCUAAACACGCAUAGCUCGAACUAAUAGGUAGUAAGUCAUUAGAAAAAAAGAUAAUAUUUUCAUGAAUUUUCCAAGUUUUUUUCUAUUCCUAGAAAAGCUGGGCAUAAAAUAAGUGUAAAGUGUUGCAGUAUUUUUAUGAGCAGCCAUCAAGCGAUUGGAAAUUGCAGUGUCAGCCGAUUAAGGCAGCAAUCCGAUGAAUGGGAAAGUGAGCUGGUGAUGUAACAGUAUUCCAUGGAGAAAGAUGUUUAUCUAUCUAUAGAUAGUUGCCAACCGAUCACAUUUCCUUGAGGCGUAUUAUCAUAUCUCGUUGUUGUUUUCAAAAGCUCGAAACCGAACCGGAAAACAAGGCAGAUGAGCAAGGCCAAACCACUUUUGCACCACCACCACCAGUUAUGCAAAUGGCCCCAAGUACAAAAGGGGUGGUCAAACACCAAUCCCAAUCGCAUUCCCCAACUCAACCCAAUUCAACCCAAUUCAACCCAAUUCAACCCAUCCCCAAACACAACGAAUCGCCAACCCAUUUGAACCUUAAAUAACACAGGGCAAAACCCCACUUCCGCACUUCCCUUUGGGGCUAUCGCUGCUGUCCACACAAGACUAAUUAAAUUAUGGAAAUUAAAUUGAAUCGAGCAUAUUUGUUGUUUGCAGUUCAUAAAUUUGCGCUGCUAAAAUGUCCGGAGCAGCUAAUGUUUCGCCCCUUCGGCCGUCACGCCAUGUAAAUCAUUUCACAAUAAAACGCACAGCGCAGUAGCAGCAGCAACAUGCAGCAGCAACAACAGCAACAGCAGCAACACACUUAAUUAUGACAUCAUUAAUUUUUAAUAAUGACAAUUUUGCGACAAUAAAUCACUUAACUAACACAAA